AUGGAGACCGCUCGUCGAAGCCAACUUCAUAGUUGUGACCCGUGCCGCAAAGGCAAGAGGGGCUGCGAUGCUCCGAAAAAUCGAAAGGAUAACGGUUUCAGCUCCUGCUCCAACUGCAAAAAAUGGAAGAAGGAAUGCACCUUCAACUUCCUUUCAGUGAAGCGCGUGGAAUCCAAGAGAGACCACCGCAAAGCAAAAGCCAGUGCUGCGGCUACAGCACCCGCUCAGAACAGUGAACUUCCAUCUUUGAUCAACUCUCAUGGCGAUAUCUUAGAUGACAUAUUGCUUUCUUCGCAAUGGUAUCCAGCCAACUCUGAAGGCAUGAUUACUCCUGCCUCCACUACAAAUCGUACCUCGUUCUCCCCUCCUUCAUUGAAUCUGGGAGGUACCGUCGCCGAAGAAGUCGUAGGUCAGUCGUACGGCGAUGACCAGUUCGAGUUUACUUCUUGGGAUACAAGCGUCCCAGAAGAUUUCUGGUUCUCGGCGACGUCCACUCAAGAAUUCGGUAAACCAUUCAGCGAGCUGUCACCAAGAUCGCUUGGAAAUGCAUUCGAUGCGAUCCCGCAUUUCGAGGAAAAUAGUCUUGGAAUGAGUACACUUGACUCUUCCGCUCUCAACAUCAUUGUUCCAGAAUACAGUCCCAAUAAGAAGCCGAAGUCCAAAUUUGAGUGCCAUUUCUGUAUCGCCUCAAAUAAAACGGCCGCUGAAUAUGCACGGUCCACGAUGACACGGAACUUGAUUCGAAUCUAUCAUGAUAGCCUGGAGAACGCAUUAUCAUGUUGGCUGACAGAACACAAUUGCCCCUACAGCGACCCAUUGACUGAUAUCUCCCCCUUUAGAAAAAGAAAGGAGUGGAGUUCAAACUGGUCAAAUAGGAUGUGCAUUCGAGUGUGUCGGUUAGAUCGUGCAUCUUCUCUAGUCCGUGGCCGGAGUUUGAGCGCGGACGAGGACAAAGCGGCAGCUCGGGCACUUCAUCUGGCGAUCGUCGCAUUUGCCUCGCAGUGGACCCAACAUGCACAGAGGGGUUCGAGUCUCAACGUUCCAGCGGAAAUUGCUCGUGACGAACGGUCUAUCCGGGAGAACGUUUGGAAUCAGGCUCGUCAUGCCUUGGAGCACACGACCGGCAUCCCAUCAUUCCGUAUUAUCUUCGCCAAUAUCAUUUUCUCUCUGACUCAAUGUCCAUUGGAUGAAGAUGAAGAUGAGCGUCUGGGCCAGUUGUUGGAAAACGACGUUGCGCCAAUGUUUUUGGAGCAUGCCAAUCGUCAGUUGUUCACUUUUCGACACAAGUUGAUAAGACUUCAACGAGAGGCGCCGUCAAGCGUGACGGAACUUCGGAGAGGAUCUGUAGGAUCCACACUAACUGAUAUGUCUGAAAUCCCCAAGUUCUCAAGCUCUGCGCCCGUCGAUUCUACCCUCGUCAGUGACGAAUACCGCACCACGUUAAGCCUGUUGUUCUGGCUCGGGGUCAUGUUCGAUACACUCAGUGCUGCCAUGUACCAACGCCCACUGGUAGUAUCAGACGAGGAUAGUCAAAUUACCUCGACCGCAACUCCUGUAUCUGAUUUUGAAGAUCAGGUAGAUCUCAACGGCUGGAAUCUCCCACAAAGUGAAAUACAGAAGAAACAGGACGUAUGGGGCGAUUUCUUCCUCCACCAAGCAUUCAGUCAAGAACAGCCCCGAUGGCCAUGCUCUUACGAAGAAGCCGCCUCCGUACUUUCAGAAGCCACCCCCGUCAAGGUUCUCCUCUAUCGCCGCGUCACGCAACUUCAAACCUUGGUAUAUCGAGGUGUCGGGCCAAAGCGUCUCGAAGAAGUCAUCAAGGAAACACUCCUGGUCUAUCACCACUGGAAUAACACAUAUCAGCGAUUCAUGCUGGACUGUGUCGCGAAUCACGAACUCCUUCCACCGCGUAUACAGUCAUGGUACGUCAUCCUCGACGGCCAUUGGCAUCUAGCGGCCAUGCUCCUAGCAGAUGUGCUGGAAACGGUUGAUCGGGGACGCCUGGGCUCUGACCUCCAGCGCGAAUCUCGACAGUCGUCAAACUUUAUCACGAAGUUGAGAAGAGAGAAUGCGUUUGCGGUUGGGGCUCUUGCUCGCUCUUCACUCCGUGGAAAAGAGUCCAUCGUGCGUGGGGAUUUCCAUGAUUCACUUACUGAGGUUGCUUUCCUCACUGAGCCGUGGACUGUUGUUUUGAUUCACUCGUUUGGUAAGGCUGGAUACAUUUCAGUGGAUGGAAUGGUUAUGUCUGGUGAGCAGGAUUCAUUGUUUGAGUAUUUCAGGCAGAACUGCGAGUUUUGCAUUUCGGCGCUUCAAUAUCUCGGGAGGAAGUCUGAUAUGGCUAUGUUGGUGGCUCGCGAUUUGUCGAGAAACUUGAAUGUUAAGCUUAGCCAACAAUUGGAUGUAGUAUAG